GACCCCCCGUGACCCUGAUUAUUGGGAUGAGCGGUUUCAGAAGAUGGAUGGAUGGAUGGAUGGAUUUUAUUCUCUUUGGCUUGUAUUGACCAAGAGGCAAAUUGGCGCCAUUCCAGUCCGGCGCUCCGAUCCGUGUUUUAUGGUAGAUAAUCUGGAGGGGGGUCGCCCAGCAGAAGUUCUGCAGGAGCCGGAGGAGUUUGGAUCUGUGGGCAUCUCGGCAGGAUGCAGGAAAUUCCAUGCGCUUCAGCUCCGUGAGCAGCCGCGGUUAAAAGCCGAGUUAGAUGGGCACAGGGUGUCCGCCAGACGCUUCAUGUUAAGUUAAAGAUCUGAAAGUGACCAGUCUUAGUCUCGCUGUUACAUUCCAGCUCGGAGCCGGCGGGCGACUCCCCGGGCUUUUCUUCGCAAAGUGAAAGUAAUUAGAGACUCAUCACUGAGUAUUACUGAGCAGCCCCAUCCGCGGCGGAGAACAUGGCCCCCCCUGGCAGGAGAAGCGCGCUGGCCACCCUGCUGGGCAUUCUCUUCGUGUUAAUGCGAGCUCCGGAAAGCGCCCUGCUACACCAUGACGACGAAGAAAACGUCAUCGACCUCCUGGAAGCCCUGAACAUGACCCGCUCCAUCAGGGGUGUGACGAGGGCCAAGGGGCUGGAGCCCGGGGUCCCAGCCUGGAGGCUGCACCAGCGGGCCCCGCCCCUCACCCUGCCUCGGGAUUUCUCUGUCUACUUCCUCAGCUCUGUGCAGGGCGCCAUCGGCUUCCACUUCAUCGCCCAGCAGGCCAAGAGCUCGGAUGGAACGCUGAUCUCGCUGGUAUCACCCGCCGCCAUGAAGCAGGAUGGCCACCCACUGAUCCGGCUCCUCUCCAGCACCCGCACCAACCAGCUGCAGCUGGACUACCGCACCGCAGCUGCCCUGCAUCCUGCCAGCCUCCGCUUCCCCGGGGGCACGCCCUUCGCCGGCGGCCGCUGGGCCCGCGUGGCGCUCAGCCUGGAGACGCACAGGGUGGCGCUCUUCAUCAACUGCGAGGAGGCCGUCGUGUUGGAGAAGAGCCAGAGCGAGGAGCUUCUCAGUCUGCUGCUGCCACUGGACCUGGAGAUCACCUUGGCCAGCAUGCCGGGCAAGAAGGCCAGCAAGUUCCUGGGACACUUGCAGAGAGCAGAAGUUUCCAUGUCGGGAUACCAGAGACGACCCUGGCACUGUGAGAAUGCAUCAGACCUCCUUCCUCCCUCCAUGCUGAGUCAGAGAUCUGCGCAGACAUACCUUGAUGGCCCCCACCAAGAGAUCUUCAGCCUGCACUGGGAACCGCAGUCAGACAUGGUGCAAGAUCAGCCUCAGCGCACUCCUCUGGGACCUCCAGGGUUGCCACAUGGAUCAAGGGCACCUCCCAGUGGCCAGGAAGAGAGACUGCAGAGGCUGGAGCAGCAGUUGGAAACACUCCGUGUCAUGGUGGACAUGCUUAAAGCCCAGAACACAAAGUUGCAGACUCGGGUGGAAGACCUUGAAUUGUGCGAGUGCCGAAGGUCCACCUGCUUGUGGGAUGGGCAGGAGGUGCAGGAUGGUGCACGAUGGGAGAUGAACGGGCAGGAGGUGUGUGCCUGCACUGCGGGCAAGGUGCAGUGUGCUGUCUCUGAUGGCUGCUUUGUCGGCGGUCAGAGGUACCGUAACGGAGAGGGAUUUCGGCCGGACGCCUGCUCCAGCUGUGUGUGUCAGAGUGGCGCAGUACAGUGUGAGAAGGUGCAGUGCCUCCCCCUGUCCUGCCCGAAGCAGGACCGGUCCCCUGGGGAAUGCUGUCCCGUCUGCCUCACAGGCUGCGAGUAUGAAGAGAAAGUCUACGAAAACGGCACCAUGUUUGUGUCUCAGAGUAACCCCUGUAUGAACUGCUCGUGCUCUGACGGCCUGGUGAGAUGUUCCCCGGUACAGUGUCACCGCCCCCAGUGCUCGAACCCGGUCCAGAUACGUGGCCAGUGCUGCCCUACGUGCUCAGCGUGUGAUCUGGACGGGCGACCAACCCGAGACCCCUUCACCACCGCCGACGGCUGUCAGACCUGUAGCUGUCAGGGAGGUAAUCUAUCCUGUGUUGAUGUUCACCUCUGCCCUCGAACCUGCAGCCAUGGGCUGAAGCCUCCCCUGGACCCCUGCUGCCUGGACUGCUCCCGCUGUGUCUAUCGAGGCCGCGUAUUCCUGGACGGGGUGUCCUUCCUGGACGAGCAGGAAGUGUGCAGACACUGCACCUGCACAGUUGGGAAUGUGGUCUGUAUCACCCCACGCUGUCCUGUUCUGCAGUGUACAGCUGUCGAGACUGUUGACGGGGAGUGCUGCCCCAGGUGUAAAGGCUGCCAGGAUGGCGCAGGCCUCCAUGAACAUGGCUCAACCUGGCGGCACCAGCACAGACUGUGUUCCAUCUGCACGUGUUCGGAGGGCCAGGUUCAGUGUGUGGAGGAGCAGUGUAACAUCUACUGCAAGAACCCUGCAAGCCCUCUGCCAGGGUCUUGCUGUCCCGUCUGUGAUGGUUGCAGUGUGAAUGGUCUGGAAUUUCUGUCUGGGGAUCAGAUUCCCACUGCGAAUCGUUGCCAGGAGUGCAUGUGUGUGAGAGGAGACCUCCGCUGUGCCCCUGUCCCAUGCUCUGUGACACCCUGCCGGAACCCGGUACACCGACCUGGAGAGUGCUGUCCACGCUGCGAUGGCUGUGAAUAUGACUCUCAGCUCUACACUGACGGGCAGAAAUUUGUCUCCUCCCUGGACCCCUGCGUGAGCUGCCACUGCCUGGCUGGCCUGGUGUCCUGUGAGCGCCUGCAUUCAAACUGCGCCCCCCCGGCCUGCAGCCAUCCUGCCAGAAUACAGGGGCAGUGCUGCCCCUCCUGUGACACAUGUGAGUAUGAGGGUAGGGUCUACAUGAACGGCAAGACCUUCACGCCCCCGGGGAUCGACCCCUGUCUGCAGUGUACUUGCCAGGAUGGCAGUGUGAGCUGUCACCAGCAGCAGUGUCCUGCAGUCCAGUGCCGCAGCCCUGCGCUCGACCCCCAGCUAUGUUGUCCUUUCUGUAAAGUGUGUGUGGUGGACGGGAUGGAGUUUGAGGAGGGCACACAGUGGCAGCCGGACGGGCAGCCCUGCAACAGCUGUACAUGUAUCGAUGGGGAGCCCAUGUGUCGGGUGUCAGCGUGCCCCCCAGCAUCCUGCCUGCAUCCCAGCCGACUCAAUGGCAGCUGCUGUGCUACGUGUGACCACUGCACAUACAACCAGCGACUCUAUGACAGUGGACAGGAGUUCACUGAUCCCGACGACAUCUGUCAGCGGUGUACAUGUCAGGAUGGUACAGUGCAGUGCGUGACGGUCCAGUGCCCACGUGUGUCCUGCCCCAGCCCUCUGACUCCUCCAGGGCAGUGCUGCCCCCGGUGCCCAGGCUGUGCCUUUGAGAACCACAUGUUUAUGGAUGGAGAGCGGUUCCCCAGUCCUGUGAACCCAUGUCAGGAGUGCGUGUGUCAUGGGGGGCGCCUGGACUGCGUGGACACCCCCUGCCCACGGCCGGGCUGCAGCUCCCCGCUGCCUGGAACAUGCUGCCAGAACAACUGUAAUGGUUGCAGCUAUGCGGGAAAGGAAUACCCAAAUGGAAUGGAGUUUGCUCACCCUACGGACCACUGCCGCUCCUGCCACUGUCUCAACGGUAAUGUGCAGUGCUUGAUGAAGAGGUGCGCCCCACAGCAGUGCAGCAAUCCCUACAUGACCCCUGGAGAGUGCUGCCCCAAGUGUCCAGAGCUGCCACCCCCCUGCCAGCUCUCAGGGCGCCCCCACCUGCACGGUGAGCGCUUCUACGACCCGGCUGACGCAUGCCGCAUCUGUAUCUGCACCAAUGGCUACAUCAGCUGCCGUCACAAGCUCUGCAGCCCCGCCCACUGCAGCCAUCCUAUCCUGCAGGACUGCUGUCCCACAUGCGAUGGCUGCUCCUUGGGUGGGGCGGAGCUCACCAACGGCGAGGUGUUCCCUGAUGCCUCGGACCCAUGCCGAGACUGUGUGUGCCGCGAGGGCACGGUGACCUGUGAGUCCCGGCGCUGCCCCCCCGUGGCCUGCCCCUACCCUGUGGGGGGGCACUGCUGCCAGGCUUGUGAUGGGUGCAGCUACAUUGGGACAGAGUACCUUGACGGACAGGAAUUCCCUGACCCACGCGAUCCUUGCAGCCGCUGCAUGUGCGCCGCGGGUCACGUGACCUGCAGCCCCAAACCGUGUUACAGUGCCAGCUGUGCCCACCCUGUGACCCCACAGGGGGCGUGCUGUCCCACGUGCGAGGGCUGCCUCUAUGGGGGUGUGACGUUCACUGAUGGACAGUCAUUCCCAGAUCCUGGGCAGCAGUGCUCCGAGUGUGUUUGCAGGGCUGGGACGGUGCAGUGUGUGAGGAGGGCGUGUCCGCCAGCCCUGUGCCCUCACCCUGCCCCUGCAUCAUGUGACUGCCCUGUCUGUGACGGAUGCUUUUUCCAAGGUCGUACCCUUUUGGAUGGUGAAAGCUUCCCUGGGCCAAAAAGUGACUGUGAGGAGUGUAGAUGCUCAAAAGGGGAGGUGACCUGCGGUUGGAGACCGUGCCCCAAGGCGAGCUGCCCUCACCCUGAAACUGGCCCCUGCUCCUGCCCCCUGUGUGGGGGCUGCAGUUUUCACGGCCGCUCCUGCUCCAAUGGUGAACGAUUCCCACACCCUGAGGACAAGUGUCAGCUCUGUGUCUGUCUGAACGGCGGUGUCUCUUGCAUGCCGGUGUCCUGCCCCCCCGUGCCCUGCCGCGACGUGGCCCCCCCGCCCGGUGAGUGCUGCCCGGUCUGCCUGGGCUCCUGCCUCCACCUGGGCCAGCUGUAUGAAAGCGGCUCCACCUUCGAGUCCCUUGCUGACGGCUGCUCCUCCUGCACCUGCCUGAACAAGGUGGUGACGUGCCUCCAGAGGCCCUGCCCACGGCAGUGCUCCCACCCAGUGCCCUCUGCUAGCUGCUGCCCAUCCUGCGACUCCUGUCACUAUGAGGGCAUGAUCCAUGCCCACCUUGCGACUUUCAGCCCGGCCUCCAGUCCAUGCCAGCGCUGCAGCUGUAUACUGGGCAGUGUGAGCUGCAUCCCUGGGGUGUGCCCCCCCCCAUCAUGCCCCCACCCCAUCACCGUGCCUGGAGAGUGUUGCCCCAAAUGCCCAGUGUGCAGCCAUCAGGGGGCAGAGUACAGAGAGGGAGCUCGCUGGCUGUCGAAGGCGGACUGCCAGGAUUGUGUCUGUGUGGGUGGCGAGGUGCUGUGUGCACCCCCCUCGUGCCCCCAGCUGACUUGUGUGCACCAGGUGAUGGAUGAGGGAUCCUGCUGCCCGCGUUGUCGAGGUUGUGUCUAUAACGGAGAGACGCACGCGGAUGGCAGCACCUGGUUUGCCUCUAGUGCUCCCUGCAUGUCCUGCAUGUGCCUGGACGGUGUUACCACAUGCUCCGAGGUGCGCUGCGUGUCCCCCUGCGUGACGCAGGUGCUUGUCCCCGGGGAGUGCUGUCCCCUAUGUGCAGACUGUCUCUACAACGGCCACACAUACAGCCCAGGAGAGAGCUUCCACCUGACUGAUGACCCCUGUCAGAUCUGUACUUGCGAGGUCCUGCCCGAUGGUAUGCAGCACCUGCACUGUUACAGAAAGCUCUGUCCCAGCCUGGUGGACUGUCCCAAGAGCAACAUCCUGUUCUCCGGCCCAGAUCUCUGCUGUCCUGUCUGCGCCCAGCCCCUGAGUAACUGCACCAUCAGCCUUGGGGGCAGUGAGAUCCAUGCCACCGAUGACCCUUGCUACAGCUGCCAUUGUAAGGACCUGACCUGGACCUGCACCCACCGGGGCUGCCUGCCCCUUAGCUGCCCCCCCGCGGAGCAGUUCACCCCUCACGACGCCUGCUGCCCUGUCUGCCAGGAGUGUGUCAUCGAGAGUGAGAAUCGGCGUGUUGAAAGUGGAGUGAGAUGGACAGACAGCGCGGACGAGUGUGUCACAUGUGCCUGUAACCUGGGAUACAUUGAGUGCAGCAUCGAGGAAUGUGCCCCCGCCAUCUGCCAGGAUGGAUUUGUCAAGGUGAAGACUGCUGGCAAGUGCUGCUAUGAAUGCCAAGACCCCAAAGUCUCCUGCACCUACCAGGGCGUCAUCUUCCUGUCCAACGAGCACUGGCAGGUGGACGAGUGCACAAGCUGCACCUGCGUGUCAGGGGAGGUGCACUGCCGGACGGAGCGCUGCCCUCCUACACCCUGUGCCGCAGAUGAAACCCCGGCUCUCAUCCCCGGAAUGUGCUGCCCACACUGCAUACCAAGGCCAGCAACCUGCGUAGCGUUUGGGGAUCCCCACUACCGCACUUUUGAUGGGAAGAUGGUCAACUUCCAGGGGGCAUGCACCUAUGUGCUGGCAGAGGACUGUGAGGGAGGAGACUUCAGCAUUCACGUCACCAAUGAGGACCGGGGCCGCACGGGAGUGUCCUGGACUAAAGAAGUCACAGUCUUCAUCGCUGAUAUCGUGGUCCAGCUUCUGCAGGACUGGGUUGUCAUGGUCGAUGAUCAGACUGUGACCUUGCCAUUCCUCAGGGAGCCUUAUGUCUACGUGGAACGCAAGACCAGUACCAUCUUGCUGAACACUAACAUUGGAAUGAAGGUGUUGUGGAACAGUAGAGGGCACAUAGAGGUCAGUGUCCCGGGAACAUACAAGAGCAACGUGUGCGGCCUGUGCGGCAACUUCAACAACUACCCCCAGGAUGACAUGCGGCUCCGGAGUGGGCAAAUGGCAGCAAGCGAGGCAGUAUUCGGGAACAGCUGGAAGGUCCAUAGCAGUAAUGGCACAGUGACUCACUGCCAUGAUGGGCAGGACACGGACCCUUGCAAGGAGGCCGGCUAUGCAGCACGCAAGGUGGCCAACGCACGCUGUGGUGUACUCAAGUCAGCUGAGUUUGAGCUGUGCCACCGGGUGGUGCCGCCUGAGAUGUUCUAUGCCGCCUGCGUGUACGACCUGUGCGCCUGUGGGUCCAAUGUGGAGGAGUGCCUGUGUGACGUGUUGGGGGCGUAUGCUGCUGAAUGCCGGCAAGCUGGCGUGCUCCUGCGUUGGAGGUCCCCCACACUGUGUGCGGUGGGCUGCCCUCUGGACCGUGGCUUUGUCUUUGACGAGUGUGGCCCCCCCUGCCCGAAGACCUGCUUCAAUAAGGACGUGCCCCUGGGGGUUAUCGAGUCGCACUGCUUCAAGCCAUGUGUGCCAGGGUGCCAGUGUCCAGCCGGGCUCUUGGAGCAUGAGUCGCACUGCAUCGCUCCCGAGGCCUGUCCCAAGAUCAUCUACGGCAACUCAUGAGGGACAAACUGAGCGGCCCAGAGCACAACUGAUGUGCUCAGUGUUUACAUUUUGGAGCAGUUUUUAAGUACUACCCACAAGUAAUCGAUGUGCCUUUAUCUUAAUGUUUUAUAAGCAUUUUUGGACAAGCGUACAUGUCUCUCCUGGGAGUGGUUCUGCUUUUCCGGCAAGCCGUGUGAGCCGGGAUUCAGAGCUGGGAUCUUUCUGGAGAAUAUGAUCACUGGGAAUUUCACAACGAACCCCUGAAGUGUGGAAAGGAAACACUAGAGCAGAAUCACGAUACCAGCACAAGAGCACAGUUUCCUGGGUCACACAGAAAAGCACAGCUUCACGUUUCAGGCAGAAGAGUUCAGAUUCCUGGCUCAUGCAAAAGAGCACAGCUUCCUGGCUCACAGAGCAGCACAGCUUCCCGUCUCAGGCAGAAAAGCACAGAUUCCUGGCUCAUGCGAAAGAGCACAGCUUCCUGGGUUGCGCAGAAGCACACAGCUUCCUGCCUCACGCAGCAUGGCACAGCUUCCUGGCUCAUGCAGAAGAGCACAGCUUCCUGGCUCAUGCAGAAGAGCACAGCUUCCUGGCUCAUGCACAACAGCGCAGCUUCCUGGAUUACACACAACAGCACAGCUUCCUGAAUUACACACAACAGCACAGCUUCCUGCCUCACGCAGCACAGCACACCUUCCUGUCUCACACACAGCAGCACAGCUUCCUGGCUCACGCAGAAGAGCACAGCUUCAAGGUUCAUGCAGAACAGUACAGCUUCCUCGCUCAUGCAGAACAGCACAGCUUCCUGCCUCACGCAGCACAGCACACCUUCCUGUCUCACACACAGCAGCACUGCUUCCUGGCUCACGCAGAAGAGCACAGCUUCCUGGCUCACACAGAAGAGCACAGCUUCAAGGUUAAUGCAGAACAGUACAGCUUCCUCGCUCAUGCAGAACAGCACAGCUUCCUGGCUCAUGCUCUGUGCCCAUUUGUGUUUAAUGACAUGUUAUGGGAAUAAAAUGUGAGUUCUCUGGAAGGGACCAUAGUCGGAGCGGCUCAGGGCGAGCGGCUGUGAGGGUCCACGAACUGCUGAGUUUUGGAGUGAAAGCUGAUCGUACUGGAGGUGAUAGGCGAGGCCCUCUGCUGUUUGAGACAUGUGGCAAGUAUGCCAGGAGUGGUGAUAAUGAGGGCGUAAUGCUCGCAGCGUGCUGUGGGAAAGGCGUAUGAGGUAAUCACCCCUGUGAUCAGCAUGUACAAAUCUGUAUUUAUUUUCACGUUGCUAAGUUUGUUAUGCAUUCUAGAAUAUUCUGUUUGAUGCCGGCUGGGGAACGUGGGUGUUUUGAAGAUGCUUUUCUUGUUCAGUCUGAGAUGGGAUGCAGCCAAAGAUGGGAGGUAGAGAGCUCAGUCUUCGAUGAGUCCAAGCGCCAUUAAGGUGCUGGUCGCUCCCUGUACUGAAUGAGUAUAACAUGGUAUGAGUGAGUAUAAUAAGACGUAAAUGGGGAUAACGGCAUAAUUUGUUAAUGACCACUGAAGAGUCACUGUUCCAUCCGGAGGGUGGUAACAGCCGGCCAUGUGUCACUUUGGAAGCAGGUCACCACUGCCUUGAGAACAGGGAACACCUUAUUUUACAUUGUGCUUUGCCUUUUGACUCGUGCAUAUCUGUUUCUUUUAUUGUUGACUAUAUAUAUUUGUGUAAUUUUUACUUGGAUCAAUAAAUCUUUCCCUCUUAA